AAACAAUUUAGUUGUGCUAUUCGUGUGCUUUAUAUUGUGUUUUACAUUAAUCAAAUAUCAUUAUCAACAUUACAAUAUGGAGCGAGAAUCGGAUAUGUGUUCGUUUCAAUGCAAAAAGUGGACCCUGUUCACAUUUUGCCUGUUGGGUAUUAUCAGUACAUUAAUUAUUAUCAUCGCCGCCGCUGUUGUCCUCAGCAAUGCGGACAAAGACCCGACACAAUCAGAUGAAGAAUGGAAGCACAUGAAGAAAGUGACGAUAGCGGUGAUCGCAACGAUCGGUACGAUAGCGAUGUUGGUGGAAAUGCUGGGCCUUAUCGGUGCCAUUAAAGAGCACUACUGCCUAACGAUGACAUACGCUAUACUCAUGGCAUUGAUUACUCUGAGCAGUAUUGGCGGUGCCGUUAGGAUUGGCUCGUUUUGGUUCACUUUUGUGCUCAAUGUGUUGAUCACUGUUUUGGCCUUUUUGUUCGCCCGAGACUUACACUAUCGCCAACGCGUCCGCAACUAUAGCUAAACUCGGGUCAACCCCUCCUCCCAUAAGCCCUAACAACUCACUUAUUAUGCUCCUUUUUACCGUUUACCUAGAUCAUGUAUGUUAGUGGUAUCUGGUAUUUGAGCAGAGUAUUUAAUGUGUACUACCAUG